CCAUUGACCUUUGCCCUGCGAUUUUGAUCUUCUGAGUUGCAAACUGUGACGGAUUUGGCAUAAUUUUGAGUGUCUUUAUUACCGUUGCCUUUACUUCUGUCCGCACGUACACCACACUGAAGUGACACGGCUGUUUACAACGCUGUAACAAGGAGAAUGGCGACGUUUCUACUCACUGUCGUCCGUCAUGGAGAGACCAGGGAAAAUAAAGAAUUUAUCCUUCAAGGCCAGAUGAACACAAACCUGUCUGAUGUUGGUUAUCACCAGGCCGGACUGGCGGGAAAACGUCUGAUGAACCAACUCUUCACCCACGUCUACACAAGUGAUCUAAACAGGGUGCUGCAGACUAGCCAAGUUAUCCUUGACAAAAAUGUACUCAGCAAGUCUCCACAAGUGAAGGUGGACAAGAGGUUGAGGGAAAGGGGUUUUGGAGAGGUUGAAGGGAAGACAGUUUCCGAGCUGAGGGCUCUGGUGGAAAAAUCUGGGCAGUUACCUCAGGACUUCAAACCUCCUGGAGGAGAAUCCCCUCUACAGGUGAAGGCAAGAGCUGAAGCAUUUUUCCAUGACCUCUGCAACGACCUUGCUGCGGAAGCCGGGAUAGGUCAAGUGGGAACCCUGCAACAUGCCGCAAUGGCUGAUGGGACUGCAGAAAGGGAUUGUGGGUUGGAGGGCAACGUUUUAGGGGAAUGGAACAUAGAGGAAGGAGAUGGAAAAAAAUCAGGGACACAAGCAUCCAAUUCUACUACCUCAGGUAGUGCUUCAAAAAAUGACACGGAAGUAACCAUAGCCUCUGAUUCGCAACCACAGAAUGUUGGAGUAAGCACAGCAUCCGAUUCGCAAACAGAAGAUUCUGAGAAGUAUAAUGCUAGAGUUUUGCUUGUCUCACAUGGGGGGACAAUAAGGGAGUUGUUUAGGCAUCUCAUUGAUGAUCUCGGAUGUAAGGUAAAGAGCAAAAGAUUUGCGAUGCAAAUUUCGCCCAACUGUGGUAUUUCCCAGUUCGUAGUUCAACUCAAAAGAGGUAAAAGGCCCACCCUUUCAUGUCAAUUCCUUCAUGACAAGUCUCAUCUGGAUAGUGCUCUUGAAUUCCAGUUAUGAUGUGUCAACAAACACACAAUGAUAUUUGCAUGUAUAGGCAAUACUGUAUUCUCCAUUUUAGAUACUUUUGUUACUUAUGGUUGUCGUAUUGGUAUGAUAUAAUUAUUCUGCUGUCCAAUGUAACAUUUAUGGUGGAAAGUUGACCUAAUGCAAUAAACACAGUAUUUACAUCACA